AUGAAUAAAUGCAAUUCUUGUUUUCGUUAUUUGUCGCCAGAGUCUUUUAUCUAUAAAGGAAAAACUUAUAAAACUUGUACUAAUUGCCUUACUGCUAAAGCUGAAAACCAAAGAAAAUUAGAUAAUGAUAAUGCUCAACCUGCUAUAAAGACAAUUUCGGUACAAUCCCUUUGUAAUUAUAUAGAAAACUUAAUCUCCAAUAUUGAAAAUAAUAAUAGAAUUUCGUUUGAAAUACAUAUUGAUCUUAAUGAUGAUAUCUUUUCAGAAGUUGAGCCGGAUAACCUUAAGGCAAUUGUAAGAAUAAUAGUAGAUAAAAUUGAAGAAGGUGAUGAUUAUAUCUGGUCAACUACAACAGCACCACAUACCUCAGUUCAAUUUAAUAAUAUUGCCACAUAUUAUUUUGCAUGCUCUCAAUGCUAUGAAUUAGAGCAUGAAUAUAAGCAAUCAAAUCGAAAAAGAAUUACUCGAUUUGAUUGUCAUAAAAAGUUGACUCUUCAUGUUGAUGUACCUGCAAUGGAAGCUAUAUUAAAACUUCAUCAUGAUAUUAUUCAUGAAAAACCUGAAGACGUUUCAACACCAGAAGAAAUCAAACAAGAGAUUCGUCAAAGCAAAUUCAUUAUUGAUG